AUGACUGUUAAGGCGGCAUUCGUUGGGGCUUCCGGAGCUACACUGCGCCAUGUGCUAGCAUCGACAUUACUGGCGGGCCAUCGCGCUGCUGCCCUCGUCCGGGAUGAAUCCAAACUCAAAAAGAUCUUGUCAGGUCUCGGCGUCUCUAACGAGAUUGUCGAGUCACAACUCAUCGUCACAGAAGGUUCAUCCCGUGAUGCAAAGGCGAUGCUCAGGCUUCUUUGCAGCGAUCCGGAACUCAUCUUCAGUGGCGUCACGAGUCUUCCCAAGUUCUCACUUAAUCCAUUCCGCCCAAUCGGCAUGCAGGAUGCCACCAUCACGGGAGACUCUGCUAUUGCAGCAAUUAAUGCUCUCCGUGAGCUGAGAUCCACAGGCAGACUCUCAAACUCGCCCCUAUACAUACCGAUAUCGUCGACUGGUCAUGGCUCGCAACGAGAUCAGCCUCUUUUAUUGAUUCCACUUUACCUGUGGCUUCUGCCAAUCGCCCAGGAGGACACUGCCGUUUUGGAGAAGGUUGUACGCGAAGCAGCCAAGGAAGCUGAUUCGCCUCUUGGUGGCUACGUUAUGCUACGACCGCCGCUGUUGACUCAUGGUAAAAUGAAAGGGCGUGAAUCUAUCCGAGUAGGUUGGAUUUGGGAGGACGAGGUCUUCAAGAGCCAAGAUGAGGAGGAGCAGGGCGUCGAGAUUGGAUGGACUAUUAGUCGGCUGGACUUGGCAAAGUGGAUGUUCGAAGAGCUUGUUCAAGGAGAUGCUCACAAGUGGAAAGGGAAAUGCAUCAAUCUUACAUACUAG